AUGCCCAAAGUGCGAGACACUUCCAUGAUCGUUGUGGGUGCCCUCGGGUUCGUUGCUGUUGCAGCUGGCGGCCUCGGUACCCACGUGCUUGAUCCGUACCUGACGCCCGAAGAAAAGAAGGCCUGGGGUCUGGCAAUGCAGUUUAACCUUGUUCACGCUGCCGCGCUAAUGGCCGUUUUCGCGACCCUGAAGAAUGUGGACCCCGACAGCUCCGCCUCAAGGAACCUUACUCGCUCCUUCUAUCUAUUACUCGCCGGAACCGUACUUUUUGCAGGUUCUAUCUACGCAAUGUGUCUUGGCGCACCGCCAAAAACAGUGGGUCCCUUGACGCCCGUUGGUGGCAUAACUCUGAUGUUGGGAUGGAUUUUCACUGCGUUAGCAGGCUUCUAA